ACACACCGCCUGUCACUUUCCACUCAGAGGAGCGGGGCCACCAUGGCACUGUGCGCAGCCGAGGAGUCCGGGUUUAUAAACGCCUCCUUAAGGAAAGAGCGCGUGUAGAGGAGGAGGAGGUGGAGAGGAGGAGGAGGAGGAGAGGAGGACGCGGUGCGCGAACGGUUUAUUUUGGCGCGGUUUAACGCAGGAUGUCAGUGUUGCCGAAAAGCCGGUAAGAUCGCAAAGUGAGUUGCUUUAUGAGAGCUACCUCCACAUCAGCACCACACAAAGAGAGGGAUUCCGCGGAGUUCACUGAGUGGCGCUCGGGUCUGAAUGACCUAAGAGAAACGUUUCCUUGGGGGGGGCACUUUUCUUUUCCUUUUUUCCUUUUCUUUUGUGAUUUUUUUUUUUUUUUCCGAAAUGGAACACUUUGCAGCAGAGUGCCUUGUGUCAAUGUCCAGCCGUGCAAUCGUCCAUGGUCCUAAAGGGAAUAGAGAGAUCAGACCCGAAACUGCGGCUGCUGCCAGGAGCGGAGAGGAGACCAAGGAGGCUUUGGUGAAGGACAACUCUUCUCUGUUCGUGGUGGCCAGGAUCCUUGCGGAUUUCAACCAGCAGACCCCUAACCAUUUUGCCGAGCAGGCAAAAAUAAAAGAGGAAAGCGUGCCACCAGCCCUAACGAGAGAUGAUGGAAACUCUGCCACACCUACAGCCAUCCCCGUCGACUCCGCUGCCCUUAAACAAAGAGGCAAGCGGCUGAGGGCUCGAAUUGAACAGGAAUCCCCUCAGAAAAAGCACAAAUGCCACUAUUCAGGGUGCGAAAAAGUUUAUGGCAAAUCGUCCCAUCUCAAAGCUCACCUAAGGACACAUACAGGAGAACGGCCCUUCCCCUGCACCUGGCCCGACUGCAGUAAGAAGUUUGCACGUUCGGACGAGCUGGCCCGCCACUACCGCACCCACACGGGCGAGAAGAAGUUUGGCUGCCCACUGUGCGACAAGCGCUUCAUGCGGAGUGACCACCUGAUGAAGCACGCCCGCCGCCACUCCGACUUCCAGCCAGCCAUGCUGAAGAGGCAGCAGGGAGCUACCAGUGGACCGGCUGGAGGAAGCAGCACGCGGCCAGGCUCGCUCAGCGACUACAGCCGCUCAGAUGCCUCCAGCCCCACCCUCAGCCCUGCCCUCAGUCCCGCCCUCAGCCCAGCCAACUCGCCUUAAACCCGGCCGCACUUUCUGCCCUCUGCCCCUGGGAAUCCAGGCUGUGUGUUUUUUAAAAACCUCCUCUUUCUUUUCUGUCGAAAAAUAGUGAUGUUGCACAUUUGUUAGCGGCCACCUACUCUUUGCUAAUCCCUUCGCUUGCUGUGGUGUACUCUACUGUACAUAACCGCUUCCUGUAGUGCAAUUUUCUCGUGCAACUUCAUAUAAGAGAAAAAAAUAGAACACAGAAAAGAAAAAAAAUGCCUUUCCCAGAUGGCAAUAUUUACAUUAUGAACCAUAUGUCUGUAUUUUUAUAGCCUCUGGCUGUGGCCAGUUUUCCAUUGUGUUUUUGUUUUUCGUUCCUUUCAUUUAAUCAACUCAGUUUAACUGAACAAAAAAAGUAGACAAAAUUGACAGGUAUACGAUUAUUAUUUCUUUUCUCCUUUUUAUUUAAAAACGGGUGAGGGGGAGGGGCACACACACCUCAGGAUUCAAGACAGUUGUUUUUUUUUCUUCUCCUUUAAUAUUCACCUUGACUGCACAAUACAAGCAUCACUUUACUCUGAAAUUCAACAGAGGUUGAAUUUUGUGCCCUGCUCAGGGAUGGCCUCAUUAGCUUGAAAGAAUGAACAUGAUGAAGAGAAAACAUACAUAAAAAACAGCCUUACACUCAACAAAAAAUUGCACUCUUCCUUUUGUCCUUUUUUUGUUGGUUUUCACAUCAGGGGAAACUAGCACUGGGUUUAACAGUCAUUCAAACUAAACAUUAAUAUUUGAUUUGUCUGUAAGAGGUGGUACAACAGAGGAGGAACUAGAAUGGAGUGAAAGUUAUUGUGUCUUUGGGACUGGAAAGAACUCUUUUUGUGUUCAACAUCACUAUCUCUUAGACCCUUUUAUUUUUUUCCCACAAAGCUGUGGAGGUUGUUCUUGGCUGGGUCCUGAUUUCAAAGGGAAACCUUACAUUGUAUGAAUGUAGGUGAUGAAACCGCCAUUACAUUGCCCAGUCUGCCCAAUGAGGAGUGUUAGAACCCAACCGCUCUCCUUUACAGGACUGAACUAAAUCCCCCUAAAAAUGUGGAGGAUAAAGUUUCAAAGCAGCUGCUUUGCACCAUAAAGACUGCACAUGCAUCAACUUCAGGGUUUUUUUGUUUUGUUUUUCACACAACAGUACAGGUAUAUAACACACCCAGGAAGGGACUUUGUUGGGAUCUCUUUGACUCACACUCGAAAGAAAACAUGAAAGGAAAAAGCACACAAGCAGAAACCACCAAAGACUGAAGUGUGAAGGAGAGAACAGGAAGGGUUUCUUUUUGUUCUGCCAGUAAUAUCCAGAGGUGGGGGGUGGUGAGGGAGGGGUGUUGGCAGAGUUUAGGUAACGGCAGACGCCCUGGCCCUCUGCUCUGUACCCUGCCCAGCCCCACUGUGGCCUGUCCGCCGCUUUGGAAACGCCCCACACAGGGCUAUUCAUAGCGCACUGGAGAGGAGAGUAGAGAGCCACUGCAGUAGAGCUGUCCUCAGCCUGCCUCCCCCUGGAGAGAGGCAGACAGGGAGAAGGAGAGAGAAAGACAGAGAGAGAGAAGGGGGAGGAAAAAUGGAGGGAGUGACAGAGAGUGUCUCCAGGGUCUUUUGCUGGGAGGCUAGCCCGGCAGGCUAAAAUAUAGGCUGAAUCAUUGCAGGAUUUCUGAGUGGAGUAAUGAUGCAUUCGGAUGCUUCUCAAUAACUUGUAAAGUCUGGGAAAUUGUCCUGUGACCAAGUUGUGAUUACAGUUGUCACUGGUGAAUUUAUGAUGUGAACUGUACAUAUUAUCACUGUCAUAGCAAAACUUUGUAUCUCCAAAAUAGUAACUUUUCAGGUGAAAAUACAUUCUUACAUUAAUGUAAAAAGAUUUUAUUACGAGUAAUUUCUAUUCAUGAUGAAAAUUUCUUACGAUGUAAAGGGCAGCUGGCAUUCUCAAAUGAAAAAAUGACAAUAAUGGAGUUGCACAGUUUUGGUAUGACAGCGAGAGUGUAUCAGAGAAUGCAGAGGCUGGUGAUGCAUCAUAACUUGUAAACUUGCCUGAGUUUAUCACUUGUAUUUAUGACUUUGUCAGAAAUGUGAGUGCAACUUCCUUGUGGUAAACUCAGAACUCAGUUUAUGAGGACCAUCCGGACGCACCAUAAACCUGAGCUGGGCGGGAUUGCUGGGUCCAUGGUUACAGAGUGAAGCCUCCAAUUAAGAACAAAAGCAGCUAUCUGCAGGAGGCAGGAAAGAAAGGGCCUUACCCGGGGGAACCAGAUAAAGACGGGGGGCUUUAUCAUAAGCUGAGCAGUCCAGCGGAAGAGACAACCAGUCAGCUCUCCCUUAUGGCUCUCUUAGUCUAACAAACCCCUUCACUCCCCUCCUUAUUGCCCCCUCCCUGCUCACCCCCUAACGGAAGAGAGAGCAUUCCGCCAUGUACCACUGUGUUUUAAAAAGGGUGGAGUGAGGGCGCUCCUCUGUCUGGAUGGCAUCCAAAAUGUCAGGACAUUAGGUUUUAUAAUUCAGGAAGGCAAAGGCCAAAUAAUAGGGACAGCAAAAGCUCAUGGACAAUGAGAAUGAUUAUGUUAUCAAUUAUAACGAGAAUGUUUAGCAUGUUUGGCAUGUCUGUUAUCUAAAGUUCUUGCCCCUCAGAGCAGAAUGGAAGGAGGCAGCGUGCUGAUUUUACAACUGUUUUUCCAGCUUUGACACAGUGAACUUUGCAGUGAUCUUUUUUUUCCUCUUUCUCUGAAAGACUGACAUAAAGACAGAUGUAUAGAUGCAAAUCAAGCAAAUUAUUAGCAUUUGUCUUUGCAGUGUAUCACAUUUAUUGCAGUGAAGUCAGGAGACUCCUGACAAUGGACUUUUACAUGUUGGUAGUAUAUCCAGACCUCUACAUACACUUCUUUACUGUUGCGGAUGCGCUGAUAGAAACAGUCAGUGUUGCCGCUAAACACAUUACCUCAAUGUACCAUUAUAGCAGCUGCUUUCAAACUUGAUUCUCAUUUCAAAGGGGCUUUUUAGGCUCUUGUGAAUGCCACUACCAAAAUUUAUGCAGUAAUGCAGACAUAUCAUUUGAGUAAACCGUGAUUUGCCGUCCUUUGCUUGCUGUAGCCUGGGAGGAUGAAGAACCAGCGUGAGAAAGUGGUCUUAUGUUGCUACAAGCCAUGCCUCACAGCUAUACCUCAUCAGUUCAGGCCAGAGGCUCUCAAAAACCUACCAUGAAUAGAGGCACCACUGUCUAAACUACUGUGGCACUGCCUCACACACACACAGACACACACACACACACAUACUCACUUUCACAUGCUCGCAAACACAGAUGCACACCCUCAUUGACCCAUCUGCACACACACUUGAACUUGUCAAGCAAUGUCACUUUUACAUGCUCUCUGUUGUCCCUCUGUCACUUGUCAUAUAUGUGCUUAUUCAGCCUCCUGUGCCCACUGGGGGUGGGAGUGGGGGUCAUUUUUCUCAAGGCUGAAAAAGAUUUGUCUUCUUGGGGGUUGACAUUGCAUUUUUUGAUGGCUGGUUUUGGCUGCGCUUUGCCCGUCCUAUAGUUAAUGUUGUCUAGCACAACAAGCUGUUAGGGUAAUUUUUACAUUUGUAUGCUUUUGGCAGAUGCAGUUAUGCAGAGCGAGUUGUGAUUUAAUCACAUUACAGAGGUAGGCGAAUGUAGCCUCAGGAGUCUUGCCCAAGGACUCAUAGUAUAGCGUGGCAUGCUUGCUUGGGAAUUUAGCCCUCAUCUGCCAUGUAGAGGGCAAUGGUGUUUCUCACUAUGCUAUAUCAAUCGCUACAAAGCCACUGCAAACAUGUUGACAACUGUCAUUGAAGCUUAACCUUCACCUGAUUGGUCAGCACAUGAAUGCACAUGACACAGGCUUCUUGACCAAAAGACAGCUGACCAGGGCGCUCCGCACAAAAAGCCAGCCAAACAGGGCGAGGCCCUUUUUUGCACAAAAACAGCCAGCAAAAAUGCCUCACUCUCAUUAAAAAAAUAAAAAAAGCACCUUGAUUCGCAAAGAACAAGUAUAAUGUGAUCUACCCUUGAUUCCCUACCUUUCAGUCUCUCCAUGGCUGCUGGUGGGAUACACAGCAAAACAUUAUCUCUUGGCAAAUGAAAGCAUCUAAAAUGUCAUUUUUGUGUACUUUUACGUCAUCAAGUGAUAAUGUUCAAAGCAAUCAAAAUGAUCUGAAAAAGCAUCUACAUGUAAGAUGCUUUCAUUCACCAAGAUGUCAUUUUUUGCAGUUUAGCAACAGGGGGCUGUGAAAACCGCCCAGCUGGGGAUGCAGUGUUCCCGAGCAGCAGGAGCAGGUGGAGGGCCUGUGAAUACCAGGCCUUGUCCCUCUACCCACCCUCCCUCCCUUCCCUUCCCUCCAACCCCCCCGGGGCCUCUCUGCCCAAGCUUUUGAAACGGGUGCACAUAAUCGAGGCUUUCUCUCUCCUCUCUGCCUAAAGAAAACACCCCUAAUGAAAGUAAACAGCAUCACAGACGCAUUAUUACUGCAAUGAGACCACAUGUAAAGCUGUCUCGCUGCUUAGAUAAACUGCCUUGCCCUCCCUUUAUGCUGAUUCCAGAAGUGCAGCGUGACGUGGGAUUCCACUCUGUUGCAGUCCACACUGGGACAGUAAAGUUACUAAAUUACAGAUUAAAUGAAUGGCAUUUUCUCCUCACCUCCUAUUGACCAUCCCAAAAGAGGAGCUGGUGACACCCUUCCAUCCACGUCUGCUUACAUAUUCUUUCCAUUACCCAGAACCAUAUAUUGCAGUAGAUAGGUCACCUCUGUGUGCUCCUCACUGCUGGUCAGUGUUGAGUGCUUUAUAUGGGACACCAGUUCUCUUCUUCUGAGGAAUGGUCAUAUACCCCCUGUCCCUAAACUGUACUCCUGCCAAAGCUAGUAGCAUGUUCUAAUGGCACCAGUGGCUCUUAAGAGCCCUGAAACGGUCCUUUAAGGGCAUCCUGGAGGUAAAGCAUUGAUUCAUCUUCGAGGCACUGUUGAGAUAAUGUGUGAUAAGGAAAUGUUUAGUUAAUGGACGUUUAUGCAUACAUAGUCACAGGUUAGUGUGAAAUACAUGUAAAAGGAUGCGUUUUCUCCUCAUCGUCACUGUUCCGAAACUACUUGAAUCAGAUGCAAGACCAUUGAACACAGAUUGAGGCAUGUCUAGGGUAAAACUGUACUUGCUCUGUCCUUGGCUAACAGCUCAACUUUCACACAAGUUACGUGUGAUUAUGGAUAUAUUCAUCUGGCUUUGUUUAUUUGUAAUAUAUGUUUUUUUUCUCUUUUUUUCUGAUUAAUUUUACUUCUCUAAUUGUAAUGUAAUUAUCAUAUUUCUUUCUGAUUGUCAUUAUUGUUUCAUGUUUUAAUCUUAGUCCACUGCAAUGAAGCUUGCUCCAUGCAUAGUUUUAUAGGCAUUGAGGGAGGUAGAGUCCAGCAGUUCCCUCUUUAUCCAGAGACACUGAAUGCUCUUUGUUAUAAGCAGGAUAUAGCUAUAUAAUCUCGUUUUUUCUGUAAGACUUGCUGAGCUAUGGAGAGAGAGGAUUGAAGAAGGGGCGAAGUUGACAAAGGGAAAUCCUUCUUCUCGAAAGCUUGAAAGCAUCGCAUGAGACUGAUGUGAGAAGCUUCAUUUUCAAAUGUUGCAUCACCAUAGAGACCACAGCAUUGUGAGUAGGUAGUGUAGUCUCAUUAUUAUUAUUAUUAUUAUUAUUAUUACUAUUGUUACAUUUGACUUUUAUUUCCAUGGUUAGAAACUUAAAAUCACCAUCAUGUUAUCCAUCUUGUCUUUCUGAUCUCAUACCUCUGCAAAGAAACUGAACUGAGAAGGUUAUGAAUGAAGACGUAUGAAGUAUUUUAGGGGUGGGGUGGGGGGGUUGGAGUGCAUAUCUGAAAUAAUGGGCCAACUAUAAUGGCAAUAUUAUCCGAAUUGUCAGUAUCUUACCCAAAAUGUCAAUUUGAAACAGAAAAUAAUGACAUGAUAAAAGAAUAGUGGGUUGCAUUUAACCAUAGGACUGCCCUGAUAAUGAGCAUAAUUUAUUUUCUUAUUUUCUUGUUGACAGAAUUAUACUAAUCAGUUUGGUAUAUUUGGAAUGAAUUUUAGUUCAUAUUUGUUUUCUUUUUAAUAGCAGAUUAGGUUUGAUAAUGCGUGCCAAAGGCAUUAAAGUUGUAAUUCCAGUAAACUGCAAACCCCUUAGAUAGUUAAACGCAUUUACCAUAGUAGGUAACAUUAAAUAAACAACCUUGUACAGUUUUCUAAGAGUGAUGUGUUUUUAAGUAUGUGUACAGGAUUGAAUGAUGUGCAUUGCAUACACAAGUAUUUUUAAUUUCUUUUUCCUUCUUUUGGUGUGAUCUUGAUGUACUUUUAAUUAUACUGGUUUCUGUUAGUUUGUUUUUGUUAUUCUUAAUUUGUCUUGGUUGUACAAUUUGGAACGUAUUUGGUUAGAACAUGGAUGUUAUUGGACAUUAUAUUCAUAAAUGAAUACCCAACCAUUCCAAAGGUUUGCAAUUGCAUUGCUAUAAAUGUGCUGCUUGUAUCAAACCAAUGCAUUGAAGCUUCAUUAAUUUUAUGUAUUUAUUUUAUGUUCUGUUUUUGACUGUGAUGUAUUUACUGAAACUGGUUAAUUUGGGUACUUUUCUUAACAUUUCUGCUUGUUUUCUGCCAUUUUGUAGAGUUGGUUCCAUUUGUUUAUACUAUGCGCUUGUUCUCUGCUGGCUGGUGCCUGCUGGACAAAAUAGACAUGGGCAUGCCACGUUCGGACAGAACUCCCGGAGUGUCUCAGAAAGGGAAUUUUAAAAGACUGCUUCUGUGUGUACAUUAUUUUGUCAGUCUUGUGUGAAGUAAAUAUGUGAGUUUGAAAGACAAAUGCAAAAUAGGGUUAGGCCCAUGGAAUUAUUGCACGUAGAGCUUGAAGAGGUGAAAGAUGCCAUUGCAGAGGCCAAUGUGGUGCUAUAACCUGCCAUUUGAGCCUCUGCGUGAAGGGACCCACACUGUUCAGUUAAUUAAAGUGCAGCACUGGGUUACAAUAACUGGAGCCUCGUUGGGUCUGGAUUUAUUUUUUGAGAAUUGUCUCCAAAGGCUUCUAGAAUGGAUGAAUGCAUGAAUGUUCGUAUUGCGUUAGCUGGAGUUAAGUCUGCCAAUUCACAAAGCACAUUUAGGCCCAUUUGCUGAAAGGAAAGCUGUAGACCCGUCAAUGUGUGACUCACUGAGGUAUUCUCUCUGUGUAUUCAGGAAACAAAAGAGAACCCUUUGAACUUCUAGAGAUGAACAAAGGCAGGGUUAAACCUCAUUUGCUAUGUUGAUUGUCCCAGUAAGACAUAUCUGUGAAUAUGUAGACUUACUAAAAGACUGUUGCUUUCCUCUCAUCGCCUGUGGUCCCUCUGUGCAGUCCAAUGCUGAAAUGUGGGGCCCCCACAGGUAGAAUAGCACUGUGCUCGUGCAUUUAGUUUGUUUCUCCAAAGUGAGUGGCUAUGUAAAUGCCAUUCUGUAACUGUACGGCCAGGGGGGAAGCCCCUUGACAUCAUUCGUCUGUCCGUUAGCAAGCUUUUUCCAUCUUCUGAAAUGACAAUGUAGAUGUGUACCAAUGAAAAAGAUUGUUGUCUCAUGUGGAGAUCCCACGAAUGCCUCAAAAUAUUUCAGAGAGGGAGAAGUCUAGACUGUUACUGUAUGUGAAGGCUUCUGGGGUAUCAUGUAACCUUCUCAGUCGUUGGUACUGAUGAUUAAGAGUGCUUUUAAAGGGCGCGGUCACUUUUGUCCCCCCUUUUAAAAGCAUUCAGCUUUCAGUGGUGUCAGCAGUGCCGAAGCCGUUCUGAUAGCAGGUGUUGAUGAACACGCGUGACUGGGUUCCUAUACGAGGCUCAAACCCCUGCCCCACCCCAGGGAGAACCCAAUAUGGAAAACAUCACAGCUCAAACAUCUACAUAUAUUCAUACCAUUUCUCACUGAGUCAACAUCUGUUUCUUUCCUAUAAAGUGCACUCAUUUUUUUAAACUGCAAAGAUGUCUAUAAGGCCCAGCACCUGUGAUGGAUCGACAAAAAAAAAAAAAGACCAGACGGGUCUUUUAAUGGACUUCUUCUAGCUAGAUACCCAAUAAAUCAAUAGAUAUUAGUGAUAUAAAGUCUUUCAGUGGCCAAAACUCAUUUUUAAAUGACUACUUUCUCUCUCACAUCAAUUAUGCACAUUGUUUUUACUGUCAAUGACCCUCCAAUCGUAAUAUGAACAAAUAUAAAUGUUGUACAGAGAGAAUUUUAGGGAGGCCAUGGAGGCCUCAGGCUGUCCUCUAGGCUUCCUCUGUGUGUACUUGGCUUGCCUUCCUAAUGUACAUUUUAGUCUCUAUUUUCUACAUCACCAUGCGAUGCCUGUUCCAGUGACUACAGCACCGCUGUAAUGCUCUUUGUACAAAAUAACUCAUAACUUCAACUAUGGCCAGUUCCUAUCUCCAUGACCUCAUUCAAAACCUGCCAUGUAUCACCAUUUUUCUGUUCUUUUUCUUUCUUCCUCAAUCAACCAAAAUCACUACAGUGAAGUAUUACAGUUGUACAGUUCCAUGAAUUAUACAGACUAUUAAUGUUGCUGGUCUAUGGUUGCUCUGCUGUACCUUUUUAUGACAUUAUUUUUUACAUGUUAGACAAUAUAUUGUGACUCUGUCCUAUGCAAAUAUGAGAAUUAACAAGAAUUUGUCAAAUAAUGUAUGUUGUCUUAACUUGUAUGCAUGAAAUAGUGAAGUUUACAUUUGAAAAUAAAUUCAUAAAUAAGCAGCUUUA